UCAGCAGAAAAGAUCUGGUAUUCAGACAGUCCCAUUAAGCAAACACUGAGAAGGUCAAUAGUGAUUUCUAGAUUUUAGAGACCACCAUUACUUUUAGCCCCGUAACGUACCAUCUGAGUAAGGCGUUGAAAGCAUUUUGGGGCCACACCCAAAUCUAACGCACGUAGGUACAGCUGGAACAAAUGGGUCAAUACUCAACGCCUUGCCCCUAAUCAAUGCGAUUCCCUUUCUCAUUUGCCGAGUUAGGCCCAGGAAAUAAGCCAGAUCUUGGUCAAAGGUCCGCCCGCUAUGAGCAAAUAGUCAACGCUUUCCAUGGUACGUAGCUUGUCGUGACUGUGCCUCGUGUGCGCUUGUGCUAAUAGCCACUGUAACUCCCUUUAGCUAGACCCGGAGUGACAAAGGUUAAAAGUUCCCCAGCUCCAUGACGUUCUACCUUAUUGCAGAGUGGCAAGUCUCCAGAACUUGCACUCGCGCAACAAAACUCAUUGAUGUGGCGGAUCAUGUUUGCCAUAUCCAACCGUACCGUUGAUGCCACAAAAGCUUAUUUGAGGAUCAUAGAUAUUCUUCCACCUGUGCUUACGGCAAACCGUCCUUUGUGCUCUUUUGGCUCUGAAACUUCAGGAGCAAAUUGGCUGCUCUUGAGCGCAGGCAAAGUCCCACUCAGAUCACGACAUACGCCCAGCUCUCGUUGAAACAGAAUCCCAAAGUGGAAGUAAGCCCCAUUGUCCUGUCGUUU